AGCCAUUUCAACAUUUUUCUUUUCCCGUCUCUCAUCCACCAUCAUGCCCGUUCUCGAGAACUGGUUACCUCCGUCCCGCGAGAACUGGGAACUUGUUUCCUAUCUCUGGCGAUUUUUCCCACUCGUCACGACAAUCCAAUGGCUCGUGGACUUUUACCCGCAGGGCAAAACAUCCAUCACCUCUUCGCUCAACAUACCCGGUAAAAUCGCCUGGGCGACCAUGGAAGCGCCGGGGUUCAUGAUCCUGGUGUAUAUCGUGUACACUCUGCCCGCGAGGCUGGGUAUGGGUGUUACGUCCCUGCCGCUGGCGAAUUGGAUUAUGGUUUUGCUGUUUGUCAUCCAUUACAUCUACCGCGCUCUACUCGCCCCACUGGUGUUCAACCCGACCAUGUCGCCUAUCCAUGUCCUCGUGUGGGCAGCCGCGCUGGUAUUCCAGAUAUGCAACGCGCUCAGCAUUGGCGGGUGGCUGGGCGGGUACGGUCCCGUGAGCGAUGCUGACUGGACAGCGAUGCGUUAUGGGUAUUGGAUGCCCCUGGGGCUGGUGGUCUGGGCGGUGGGAUUUGCGGGGAAUGUCUUUCAUGAUGAGCAUUUACGGCAGAUUCGGCGCGGCGCGAGCGGCGCGGUGAAGAACGAACGGAGUGAGUUCGACAAGGCGGGUGGGCAGAGGGAGUCUGAUGGGCGAAACGGGUCUCAGACGACGACAGAGGACAAGCCUGAGGAGAAGGUACAAGGCGAAUCUCAGAGGACAGAGGAGCUCGAGACAAGUGUGAAGAACGAGAAGAACGAGAAGAACGAGCGAAGCGAGAAAAGGAAAAAGGUAGAUAAAGUCUACGUGAUGCCACAUAGCGGCCUUUUCCGAGUCAUCUUGUACCCGCAUUAUCUAUGCGAGUGGAUCGAGUGGACAGGAUACUGGAUGAUGACGGGAUUCACGUGUGUGCCAGCGCGGAGUUUCUUGCUGAAUGAGAUAAGCACAAUGUUUCCCCGAGCAUUGCAAGGGAAGAGGUGGUACGUGGAGCGGUUUGGGAGGGAGAAGGUGGGCGCAAGAAGGGCUGUCAUUCCGGGGGUAGUGUAAUGUAAUGUUAUGUAGCUUUUACGGGAAAGGUAGCGGGUAUUGUAGAUAUGGAGGACAAUAAAAGUCUGGAUAAAAGUCUGGAUUGUUUGCUACUGGUGUUGGGUAUAUGGACAGGCUUAUAGAAUGUGUUGGUUCAAUGGGAGCUUGGAGGAGGCUACUGAUAACAACUUAGAUGAGAUGGACUGAUGGCAAUAGAUGUUUGAUAUAAUAAUCAUUGAGAUGAGUUGAUCGCGGGAGUGAAAUUAAAAUAUUAUUAGGUGCUAAGUGUUAGGUUAUUCUUCAAGAAACGCUUGACACAGGGAGGGGGCAUUAGAACGGGUUAGACGAGUUCCACUUCUCAAAAGUCUCAGAUGAAUUCAGAAGCAAAGACGGAUUGAUCAUGCUCG